UCUUUUUUUCUGCCAAUGCUUGUGGCGAACAAACAGUUGAAUCUUGGUCGCUCCCACAGCUGGAACACGUUGGGAGGGAAUGAGGGUCAGUGGGACAGGGCUGAUGGUGGAUACGAUCAACACACAAGAGUAGCAGGCCGGCGGAACUCUCUGUCUUACGGAGAGGGAAGAGGGUGGUACGACACUCCAUCAGAGGUGCGUCCUCCUGAACUGGAUUUGAAACACGAUCCAUAUUCCUACCAAGAUACGUUCUACGGACAGGUUUGCACUGAGAGACACGACCCACGAGGGAUGAGGAAGGGAUCUGUACCAGAUCUAAACCACUACGACCGAGUGUCCAUGGCUCAUCGAGGAUCUGUUCCACAUCAGGAUUAUUAUUCCCAUGACCCGGCCACGACGCCUCGUCCACCAGAUGGGUUUUACCGACCAGAGCAGCAACUUCCUCCACCUCAUCCACAUCCACUUCUUACGUCAGGCUCUCAUUUUGGGAUGACCCCUGGGGCUUGUUCUGCAUGGGAUCAAGGCCACAGCGUGAGAGCAGGACCUCAAGCUCCUUUGUCACCGCUUCCUCCUCCUCCCCCUCCUCCUACUGCUCAUGAGUUGAACCGGGUUUAUAGGGAGCCUGGUGCUAUUCCUACUGCCAAGAUGAUGCCAGAUGGCCAUCAACGCAUUCCUUCCAGAGUGCAGACUCCAGCACAAUAUGGCAUGGACCACGCAUCUCCUCUGUAUGCCAGUGAGCCUCCACCUCUCAGUGGUCAGUCAGUCUACACUGAUGUUAAUGGCCGCCCACUGGAUCCACAGCAGCAAGCGGCAACCUGUUUAGUAGUUGAUCCUGCCAGUCAGGGAAUAGUACGAAACUCAAGAGGUAUUCGGCCCCAGAUUAUGAACGGGCCUAUGCACCCGCGCCCCCUGGUGGCGCUGCUCGAUGGGCGCGACUGCACUGUGGAGAUGCCCAUCCUCAAAGACCUCGCAACCGUGGCGUUCUGUGAUGCCCAGUCCACACAGGAGAUCCAUGAAAAGGUGCUGAAUGAGGCUGUGGGUGCCAUGAUGUACCACACCAUCACCCUGACCCGAGAGGACCUGGAGAAGUUCAAAGCUCUCCGCAUCAUCAUCCGCAUCGGGAGUGGCUAUGACAACAUUGAUAUCAAGGCAGCCGGGGAACUCGGCAUUGCUGUGUGUAACAUCCCGUCAGCGGCCGUAGAGGAAACGGCUGACUCAACUCUUUGUCACAUCCUCAAUCUGUACAGACGAAACACUUGGCUGUACCAGGCUCUCCGGGAGGGCACGCGGGUCCAAAGCGUGGAGCAAAUUCGCGAGGUGGCAUCAGGUGCAGCCAGGAUCCGAGGAGAGACACUCGGCCUGAUUGGAUUUGGUCGCUCGGGUCAGGCAGUGGCAAUGCGGGCGAAGGCGUUUGGCUUCAACGUGAUCUUUUACGACCCCUACCUCCAGGACGGAUUAGAGCGCUCGCUGGGCGUUCAGCGCGUCUACACUCUGCAGGAUCUGCUGUACCAGAGCGACUGUGUCUCUCUGCACUGCAACCUGAACGAGCACAACCACCACCUCAUCAACGACUUCACCAUCAAACAGAUGCGUCAGGGUGCAUUUCUAGUCAACUCUGCGCGGGGUGGACUCGUGGAUGAAAAAGCCCUGGCUCAGGCUCUGAAGGAAGGCAGGAUACGUGGAGCCGCCUUGGAUGUCCACGAGUCUGAGCCUUUCAGUUUUUCACAAGGUCCCCUGAAAGAUGCCCCCAACUUGAUCUGCACGCCGCACACCGCCUGGUACAGCGAGCAGGCUUCGCUAGAGAUGAGAGAGGCUGCCGCCACCGAAAUACGACGAGCCAUUACUGGACGGAUUCCGGAUAGUCUUCGGAACUGCGUCAACAAAGAGUUCUUCAUUACCACGGCACCCUGGGGGAUGAUGGAGCAACAGCAGCAGCCACAAGUCCACCCUGAGAUCAACGGCGCCGCCUACAGGUUCCCUCCGGGUGUUGUGGGCGUCACACCUGGCGGGAUCUCUGGGCCCCUGGAGGGAUUGGUACCCGGGGGAGUGCCCAUCGCACACACCCUGCCCCCCGUUACCCAUCCGUCUCAGACCAUCUCCCCCAACCAGCCCUCCAAACACGGCGGCGACACGUGACGAGAGCACAUGACUGAGCAGUAGGGACUGCUCCGACGGCCAGCACAGGCGGGAUGAUGCCCACGACGACUCCACCCGGAUAUCAACCGACGUAACAAGCCACAUGUACACCUCAGCCAUCCCGAACCAUACCAGCAGACUGCCGUCCAGGACAACUUUUCUAUUCCACAGAGCUGGAGUCAGGACAAAAACGAGCGGCCACGCUGAGGUGGAAACCGACUGGCCAACUCACACACCCAAGACUCAAAGCCGUCCCUCCGUCUGGUUUUUACUUUUUAUUAUCCGAUGUUUGUUUUCGAUAACUUUACAAGGAGGUUCCUACUAAAACUGUGGGCCACGACUGUUUCAACACAGGAUGAUGGUUCAUCAAGCCUUCUUUUUCCCUCUUCCUUCCUUAUUUCAGUCCAAUUUUGUUUUAACUUUAGGUUUCUUAUAUUCUUUUUCUCUGUUACAAGUGGAAAUGUUUUUGUGUUCAGUGUGGCAAAAAAAAAAAAAA